UUGCCCCGAGGUUUUCAGUUUCAUGCCUGCUGGCCGUUUGCGAAAAUUGAGGACUAUCCUAUCACCUGGAAAAGACACUAUUCUUACUGCAGAAUAUUUAGGGGUUUCCACUGGUUACGACUGCGUUCAGCUAUGGCUGCUUUCUUACAGACUCUGAGGUCAUCGUUCCAGGCAUCCUACCCGUCCAGAAUUUCCCUAUCAAGAACAGUAUCAAAAUCGCUGUACAGAAACCAGCUUGUCCUCAACCCAUGUGGAGCAGCACGAUGCAUCAACACACUGUCAAUCACCGCUAACCAAAAACUUACCUUUGGAGGACUGUCUCUCCGACCAGUGUUCGUCAAGAGUACGCGAGCCAUCACAACUUCUAAGCCAACCUGUUUUGAUUUGUUUGACUACGAUGCCCCGAAGCCUCACGAAUGGCAAACACCAGAUGGCCGCCUCCUCUACAAGGGUGCCUUGGCAAACAUUGUUGUCAAGGUGAAGUUCUUCUCCUAUUCAACCAGUCUUCUUGGCAUAUCGCUGAUGACUCCUAUCUUCUGGCACGGAGGUAUCAGUCACUACAACGUGUUCGCACAAGUUUUCAUCUAUCUCAUGAGCGUGGGAUUCAUCCUUGUGUCUCCAGCAGUCCUGCACUUCUUGUCAAGAGGGUAUGUGGUACGUAUGUACCACGAUGCUGCAAAAGACCAGUACACUGUGGUCACAAAGAACAUAAUUCUUAUGGAGAAGAAGACUCGGUUUACACAGGAAGACGUUAAGGUGCCAGAACUGAGAAGGAUGUUCACUACUUUCAUGGCAGGGGGAAAAGGAUACUUGGUGAAUGAAGCAUCGUUCUAUCAUGCUCGUGACUACGACCAUCUCAUGGGGUAUGACAAGCCGCUUGACUUUGACAUGGAAGUCCCAGAUGAGGGGAUAACGAAAGAUUCAGGCAAAGAAAAAGAUGCAUAAAGGACAAUCUUUAUGAUACUUGUAGUAAAAGCUUUGUACUGCAUCAAGAAAUUAUGUUGAAGUUGACAACUUCCCAUGCUGUAGUUCAGUAUCCAUCAUAAGUAUGACAAUGUUUGAGAGAAAUGUAGCAAUUUUGCUAGUGAAAUUCGACCAU